GCCGCCAGCGGGCUACUGGCCAUGCUAGACGAGGAGCAAGACGGAUUGAAGAUUCAUGCUCUCAAGAAUUUGAAUCUUCUUGUUGACCAGUUUCGGCCCGGGAUCUCCUCCGAUAUUUCCACGAUGUGUGCUAGGUUGUUUUGAGAAUGGGAGGAGGAAUAUAGACUGCUUGACUUGGGGAAUGAGUCGGAGAAGAUGGAGUUCUACAGCAAGUGCCCUGGAAAGGCCCCCUGACCAGCUGCCAUUGGUUGGAUUGAUUUAUUUUCUAAUGGGGUGUACUUCACGCUCUCGGUUGAUGGAUCGGGGCGCUAGUUGUUUCAUAUGCGGCAGUUCUAAUGACAGUAGAGUUAAGAUAGGUGGUAGUGGCGGGGGUGGAGAUGGUGGCGAUGAUGGGGAUGGCGACAAGAAAGGAAAGGAUCCUAGAAAAAAUGAUGAAAGGAAUGAAGGAGAUAAUUCUGAGGGAGGAGAACGAAAGGAGAAAAUGAAGGCAGAUGUGAAGCCUUCAGCUUCCCAUGGGGUUGCUCAAUGCUGUAGCGAUUGGCUCCUUCUCUUUUGCCUGCGAUCAGAUUAUAAACUGCCUGUUGACGAAGGUCAUGCACUGAGGAAGCUGGGAUCAUGCUGCGUAAUCAAAGGACUGUCCAGUGUGUUGAUGGCUCCUCCUCGUUCCUGUGAGAAUCCACCCAAGCGCAAGAACUACUCAAUCAAGACAAAGCUUGAGAUCAUUAGUACAUAUGCAAAGGGUGUAAGUGGGUAUGGUAUAGGUGCGCUUUCAAAGAAACAUGGUGUUGAUCCGAGUACUCUGCGAGGGUGGAUUGAUAAGAAAGCUGAGCUAGAGGCAGCACUGAAUGAGUCGAGAAGGACGGGCCGGAUACAGUGUCGACUGAGUGGUGGAGGUCGGAAAGCAAUGUAUGAGGACUUGGAGAGGGAGCUAGAGGCAUGGAUCUUGGACAAGAAAAGGAAGGGUCUGUGUGUGCGCGACCAGUACAUCCAAGCAAAGGCUAAGAUGAUCUACAACCAAAGGUUCCAUCAACAGGCCGAAGGAGGUGAAACAGAAGUUCACGGGUUCAAUGCAUCAUCGGGGUGGCUGGCACGUUUCAAGCAUCGGAAAGACAUCUCAUCACGUCGGCGAUCAUUGGCUCUUGCACUGCCUGACAGUGCCGAUGAUAUAUGCCGAUCGUUUCUCUACAGAUGUCACAACAUUAUUGAGACCUUCAAUAUCAGUCCGACGAACAUCUUCAAUAUGGACCAGGUCUUUCGCUACUUUGAGCGCGACGCAACCGCCUCAUUUUCCAAGCGAGCAAAUGGCGAGGAACUGCUUCGCAAGGGUGGGAAUCUGGGUAAGCGUUUCACAGUGACCUUCAUGGUUUCCCUGAGUGGUGAAGUACACAAGCCUCAUGUGCUUUUCUCAGAUCUGAUCGGGAAGCCGACUCUGAACCCAGGUGUAUUGGUGGAGUUGAAUCCAAUGGGCAUGUGGAGUGAGCAGAGUUUCAUAAGCUAUGUCAGCAACACAAUUGGUUGUCGAUAUCGCGAGGACGAUGCAUUUGAAAGUCAGCAUGUCCUGCUGAUCAUCGACAGCUAUGGUCCGCAUGUGAAACUUCUUGAGAAUGAUCUUCUCAAAGCGAUGAACAUUCACAUUGCCAUUAUUCCGCCGAAGCUGUCUGGUAUUCUGCAACCGCUUGAUGUUGCAAUCAAGCGCCGGUUUCAGCAAUACUUGAGCCGGAUGUACGAUGCCUAUAUCAAGAAAGCCAUUGACGGGAUGACAAUAGAUGGUGUGCCAGGCGGUCUGGAAUGCCCAUUUUAUCAGUUGGUCACAAACUGGGUCGUUGAUUGGGUCAAAGCAAUCCCUCCUGCGGAAGUUUCAGAAGCCUUUCGUGUUUGCGGGCUUGUUCACAAACAUGACUUUGAUCCAGACGCGCUCCAUCCCCCAUUGAAGGCACUCUUUGAUCCUGCAUUCAACCUCACCGAGUGGAAUGAAUUCUAUGCCGAGAGUUUUCUGGAUGCACCUGAACCAAUAGAUCUCAAUCUGCUUGUUGGGCCGGAUUACUUCGUUCCCAAGAAAGUUGUGAAUGGUGACCCAUGCAGCUUGUGGCAAUGCUUGCAUAGAGCGAAGUAUGGCCCAAAUUCGGAGAUACCCUGCUCUUCCUAUAUCACUUCUGUGAUUGCCGGGAUGAAGACCCUCCCCGACCUCGCGGACAUCACAGAUGAAGAGUUCUACAUCAAAAUGGAGAAUGGUGCUCCCCCAGAUUAUAGGAUGGUUGCAUUUGCAGUGAUGACGUUUGAGCGGUGGACGAUUCGCAUUCAAGACGCUUCUAAUUCAUCGUACAUGGUGUAUGAGCACAUUGAUCCAGUGAAGACCAUUGAUCUUGCACGAGUGGAUGAUUUCUUCGUUUUGAAGGUUUAAUGGUUCUGCGCUGAUAAUCAUGUCGUGAACGGAGAUAUACACGUGCUGUAGAAUGGUGGAUCGAUUUGCUCAAUCAAACAGGCGAGCUGCUGGGGGGCUGAGAAUCAGAAUGAACAGGUGGUGCCAUUGUCAUGCGAGACGGGACUGUGUUCCUAUGGAAUCCAACACAUUCAUGGCUCAGCUUGCAUGACAAGCAAUGACUUCGAUGACCAACUGGCAUAUACUCUUUGCUAUUUAUUUAUUCAUUUACUUAUUUAUUAAUUUGUUUUUGUUGCAUGUGGGUUGGAGUGUGAGUCUCACCUUUAUCAGUGUCUGGAAUGCUGUUGAAACGAAUGGGAUGCUGAUGGUCUUUUAGUAGGGAAGAUGAUGAUUUGCUGAAACCGACGGGCUAGUUUGUGUGGGGAAUAGGGACUUCUGCAUUUCUCUCUCUUUCUCUCUCUCCCUGUGUUUUUUUUUUUUAAAACAACACAAUACCGGUUAGUUUGUGUGGGGAAUAGACACUUCUUCUUUUCUCAAAGUCUGUGUGAUGUGCUGAAUAGCAAAUGCUCAUAGCUUGUUGGGUUCCAAGUUCCAUCCCUGGUCUGACUCCUGGAGUUUGUGUGGCAUUGAAGGAAUGAAUGCACUGAAAAAUA